UUAGUUGUCCAUUGUAUUUAAUAGAAAAGGAAUUGGUGGUAAUAGAAGAGAAGAUGGGGGGAGUGAAAGCGGUGGCCGUCAUCUCCGGCGCAGAUAACGUCAAAGGAUUCGUCCACUUCAUCCAACACUCUUCCGGUACCCUCGUGGAAGGAAGAAUCAGCGGACUCCGUCCAGGCCUCCAUGCCUUUCAUAUCCACGCUCUCGGCGACACCACCAAUGGCUGCAAUUCUACUGGACCUCAUUUCAACCCUUUAAACAAGCAUCACGGCUCUCCCUUAGAUGAUCAGCGCCACGCCGGUGACCUCGGAAACAUUGUCGCCGCCUCAGACGGAGUUGCUGACAUUUCAAUUAUUGAUAAUCAGAUUCCACUGAGUGGACAGUACUCCAUUCUAGGAAGAGCUGUUGUUGUACAUGCUGAUACUGAUGACCUUGGGAAAGGUGGACAUGAACUUAGCAAAACUACCGGAAAUGCUGGUGCAAGAAUCGGUUGCGAUGUGGAGCAGUUUUUGUGCUGAUGAAUUUUCUGUCGUGUUCGGCAGGAAUAAUUGGGCUCCAGUCAUCUGUUUAAUGAUAAAAUGUAGAGAGACGGAGAGAAUUGAAUUAUGAUGGCAGAUGCCCUGCUCUGCAAAACGGUUGAAUAAUUUCUUUUGAAGUGACAAUUUUUUUUUGUUCAAAUGCAACUUGGUUGAAUUGUUAGCUGUUCUGAACUGAAAUUGUUACAACAAAUAGACAAGAUAUUAACAGUUACUAAGCUGUUCUGCAA